UGUCAGCCUCCAUAAGAAAUAACUGACAGCAUGACAAAAGUUGCUGGCGGCGUCAGAUAGCUGUUUACGUUGUUUGUUUUUACAUAUUCACGGAUGGAGUUGGCGUGACAACAACCGAAAUGGCAUUUACUACUCGUUGUAGUCCCAGAUUAUUUCUUAAAUACCUAAAACAUAAACAUUUUAUGCUUAUUUCGCCAAAGGUUUUAUCGUCACCUCCAUCAAUUUUAGUGUUUUGCAAAAGACACCGAACAAACGGCAAAAAUAAGGAUCUGAGUUCACUCUUUCAACCUAUAAAGUUAAAUCCGUCAGACAGGACUGAUGACAUAAAUGUUGGUGCUGAACUUGCUGGAAUCUUGAAGAAAGAGGAUAUUCUGAAGGCACUAAGUGACUUUUAUCGCCGUCAAGAAAUCCGCAAACUUGCUCAAGAAAAUGGGCUUGACAAUCGGUUGUUUCACACAUCUUAUGUCAGUUUUCGAGGCUUCUGUGUGGAGUCUGAGACUCUUCCAGUCGAUCUGCACAUCGUCUUCAGUGAUAUUUCACAGGGUGCCGGUCAUGUAGAUGAUCUAUUUCCAUAUUUCUUGGAUCAUGCUAGAAUUGUAUUUCCACACCUUGACUGCAUGGAAGAUUUGAAGAAGAUCAGCGAUCUGCGCCAGCCGGCUAACUGGUACCCUGAAACUCGGAGAAAACAACGGAAGAUCGUCUACCACGCGGGUCCAACCAACAGCGGGAAAACCUACCAUGCUCUGCAGAGAUACCUGACGGGCAAGUCCGGUAUUUACUGCGGACCUCUCAAACUUUUGGUGUCCGAGGUGUUCCACAAGAGUAAUGAAGCUGUGAGAACUCCGUGGCAUGACAUGGUGACUGGGGAGGAGAAGAGAUAUGCUAUCAGCAUUGGCAAUGAAGUGGCAGUUAUUGCUUCACCGCUGAGAUCUCAGAUGAUGGGGACCCAAACCGAGGCACGUCUGGGCAUGGAUGAAGUGGCAGUUAUUGAGAGAUCCCUUCUGGGGCUGAAUGCAGAUGAGGUCCACGUGUGUGGGGAGGGAACAGCCAUUGAUCUGGUGAAGGAGAUGACGCUAGCCACAGGAGACGAGAUGGAGGUGAAGCAGUACAAAAGAUUGACAACGCUCACCUACACCAAUAAACCUGUUGAAUCUUUUGACAAUGUCCUACCAGGAGAUUGCAUUGUGUGUUUCAAGAAGAACGACAUCUAUCAUGUCAGUCGACAGCUGGAAAUGCGAAAUAAGGAAUGUGCCGUCAUUUAUGGAGGACUCCCGCCUGGAACCAAGUUGGCGCAGUCCAAGAAGUUUAAUGACCCAGAUGACCCCUGCAACAUAAUGGUUGCCACGGAUGCCAUAGGGAUGGGGCUGAAUCUCGCCAUCAAGCGCAUCAUCUUCUACACCAUGAUAAAGCCCCACAUGAACGAGGAGGGCGAGAUGGAGAUGAAGGUGAUUAGUACGUCCCAGACGCUGCAAAUAGCAGGCCGUGCUGGGAGGUACAACACAGCAUAUGAGAAAGGGGAGGUAACUACCUUCAAAAAAGGCGACCUGCAGCUUCUAGGCGACGCAGUCAGCAAGAAUGUGGAGCCAUUGCAACAGGCAGGUUUGCAUCCAACAGCAGAACAAAUUGAAUUGUUUGCGUACCACCUGCCUAAAGCCACUCUCUCCAACCUGAUUGACAUCUUCGUCUCCCUGUCCGUGCUGGACAAGGACAAGUACUUCCUUUGUAAUGUCCAGGACUUCAAGUUCCUGGCUGAUCUGAUCGAACAUGUACCCCUUCCACUCCGAGCUAAAUAUGUCUUCUGCUGUUCUCCAAUUCCAACCAAACAACCGUUUGUCUGUACCAUGUUUCUCAAGUUUGCUCGUCAGUUCAGCCGGAGUGAGCCACUCACAUUGUUAAAGCUUCGGACCCAGAUCAACUGGCCUUUCGCCCAACCAGCCACCAUCAACGACCUCAUCCAUCUGGAGGGGGUGUUCGAUGUCCUUGACCUCUACUUGUGGCUCAGCUACCGUUUCCAGGACAUGUUCCCCGAUACGGAGCCUGUGAGGGACAUGCAGAAGGAACUGGACGUCCUCAUCCAUGAAGGAGUAGCUCACAUCACCCAGUUACUUAAGGUCAGCAAGAACAUGUCCACUGUCACAUCGGACUUCAGGGACGAUUUUGAAAUUGAAAGAAAAAUCCAGACAUUUGAGAGAAAUGAAACCGAUCCCGAAAGAAGUGACUUUGAAUUGGCUUCAAAAUUGUCCAGCGAUGACAGACACAAAUGGGAAAAACCCAUCUCUGGGGAUCUACAACGGAUUAUUAAAUCAAAUGACACAAGUGUGGUCUCAGAAGGAGACGCAGCAGUGCUGUAUAACUUGGCUAAACAGGGUGUGCUGACUCACAAACUUGUCAAGGCAUUUCAGGAAAAUGUCAACAGCAACAAGAAAUACCCAAAGAAAAGGAGCUUUAGAAAGAAGAAAAAAUGAUUUCAGGGAAAUGGACAAACUUGUGAGAUUUUAUUUUGAAGAAAUAUGUGUCUGACUCAAUGGUGAGGUGCUUUUGUCUCUGACAUAGUGUACGGUUAUAUAAGUGUGGUCUGUAUACUAUGCAGUCUGGUCUAGGCAGUCUAGUGAGUUAGUGUUAAAAGGAACAAUGUCUUUCAAUGGAUUCAAUCAGAUGGAUGCAGGGUUUAUGAAAGAGGGAUAUGAAUUGUUGAUUACAUCAACUUUUCUGGGAAGGUCAGGGGUGGAAAUAAUUAUAAAAUUGCUAGUGUACGCCGGUACACUGGCACAUGUGAAAUCACUUGCCCUGAUAAUUUUUCCACUAUACCAGCCGUUUUCUU